ACCCCUUUGGAGCGACCCGAGGGUGAGCCACGCGUUACAAGUGGUCGCCGUAUAAAAGCUUUUGAGCGGGGUAAAACCCUGCUCAGUAACGUAUAACUCGGAGAUCGUUCUGUGUGUGUCGUGUGUUCUCGGUCGAUGCUAGAUGCUAUAGAAGAGUUAGCCGCCGGUAGGACAUCUGGAUAUUCUAGGUUCCGUGGACAUAUUUGCAGUUGGCAUUGAGGGCCAAGGGGAACGGGACGAAAGUGGUGUCGGAAAGUGAUUGUGCCCGGGAGUACAAUAGGGUGUGUCGAAAUCGAAGCUGACCCAGUGGAUACUGAUCGGUUCAAUUGAAUCAAAGGCACUCGAGGAUUAGCCAGCCGAAGUGCGGUCGUGUGUUAGAAAAGAAGCGAGCAAACGGAGUGUGAAGCAAUCAUGAUUGGAUUCAAAUUGCUGAUGGUAACAUGCCUGGUGGGAGUCGCAUUGGCACAGCAGGAUUACCAACAGGAAUAUCGCCCGGCCCCCCUCCGCAUUGGCACGAGUGCUGCAGAACCAAAACCAACGCCGAUUCCGAUUCUGAAGCAGAUUAACAGGCACAAUGAAGAUGGAUCCUAUACCUAUGGCUAUGAAGGCGCAGAUGGAUCCUUCAAAAUUGAAACAAAACUGGCAACUGGCGAAGUUAAGGGUAAAUAUGGAUAUGUCGACGAGGCCGGCAAGGUGAAAGUCGUUGAGUACGGUGCGAAUAAGUACGGUUUCCAACCUUCUGGCGAAGGUAUCACGGUUCCACCACCGACUCUAGUUGACGAGACGACCGGCAAGGAUGCUUUGUUGGAUUAUGAAGACAACGUUCCCGCUCCUCGUCCUCAGAAAAUUCGUCCAUCGAAACCACGAGCCCAAGAAUUGCCACAGCCCCGUCCGCAACCUCAACCACAGCCACAGUACUAUGAUUACGAAGAAGAACAGCAUCAACCGCAACCCCAACACCACCAACAGCCACAACUGCACACACAAGCACACUUCCAGCCCCAGCCUCAGCAGCAGCCCAGAUACAUCCCGCAGCCUCAACAACCGCAGGUCCAAUACGUCCAGAACUCCCACUUCGGACCGGGUGCCCUUGCUGCAGGGCCUGCUCCUCAAAGAGCUCAUAUAGCAAAUGCUGCUCCAAUCGAUGUAGUCUACUCUCCCAAGCAGCGUCCUGCUCGUCCAGAACAGGACUACGACACCCGACCACAGACCUUCCCGAAUGCUGCACCAGCCCCUGAGCCAAAAAUCCGCUACUCGGCACCAGCUUUCGCAGCGGCUGCUCCAGCCCCGCUUCCAAAAUCCAAUCCUGCACCGCAACCCGUUUUUGCUCCACAGCCACGACCAGCUCCAGCCGUAUACCAACCGCGACCGGCUCAAGGUCGUAGCACCAGUGUCCUGGACCAGCUGGCGAAGGAUUACGCACUGCCACAGGGUGGAGCUGCACCUCUGCAUGACAUCUCCUUCGGUUAUUACUAAGACGUUCUUAGAACACUGAAGUGACGUAGUAUUUGUGUAAUUGCACGCUGGUCGGUUUGCUUUGUCUAGUUCCCACUAGGAGAGCUUGCCAAAACAUAUGCAUAAUGCCAUCAAUGAGAAAUAAUAUGAAAAAAUGAGAGAUCUUAUAGCGUUUCUGUGCUUACUUGAACACACAGAGCAAUUUUCGGACUGUGAAUGAUAUGAUAGAACUGAUAAUUGUAUGUAAUUGAUAAUAAAAUGUUGUGAAAAUA